AGUGUGUUGCAUACGAUCGAGGCGACGUACCAAAAUAUUAUGCUGUCUACUGAACGGAACGAAGUUAGCAGAUUAUCGACAUUAAAUUUUGUCUUAUCUAAUAUAUCGUUUAUUAUAAAAUUACAAGUGCACAAAAAGUUGUCGUCAUAAAUUAAUUCCAUACAACUGUCGUUACAUUACAUAUAUAAAAUGGGCGAUGAACCUGUUAUGGCAACUAACGACGAUGCGAGUGAAUGUAAACGAGGCGCGGUUCUUUUAGGAUACUGGAACGAUGAUUAUAUUUCUUAUUUUGUGAGACAAGUAGAAAAACGAGCACCCGAAAUCAACAGGGGAUAUUACGCCAGAGUUAAAGGAAUCGAAAAUUUCAUACAGAAAUUCAUUAAUAAAGCGGGUAGUUCAGCGCAAAUCAUAAAUUUCGGAUCGGGUUUCGAUACGCUAUAUUGGAAAUUAAAAGAUGAAGGUAUACAGAUAGCGAAUUACGUCGAAAUCGAUUUUCCGCAAAUUACAUCAAAAAAGUGUUAUUUGAUAAAACGCAAUAAACCGUUGCUGGAUAGAAUUCAUAAUCAAGACGGCGAAAUCAAAUUUAGUCAAACGGACUUACAUGCCGGAAACUAUCAUUGUAUAGGGGUGGACAUGAGGAAUAUUCCCCAACUGGAAACGAAAAUUCAACAAGCCGAAGUUAAUUUCGAGCGACCAACUCUUUUUUUAGCAGAGUGUGUUUUAGUAUAUAUCGAAAAUGAUUGUGUAAAUAGACUUUUAAAAUGGAUUUCGUCCAAAUUCAGUUCGGGACUUUUUGUUAAUUACGAAAUGUGUAACAUGAACGAUACUUUUGGUGAAGUUAUGUUAGGAAAUUUGAGAGCAAGAGGGUGUAAUUUAGCAGGGAUUUCACAUUGUAAAAAUUUGGAUAUGCAGAAAGCGCGAUUUCUCAAUAACGGUUGGAUGGGGUCUCAAGCAUGGGAUAUGGUUCAAGUUUAUUAUGCGUUUACUGAAAGCGAAAGACAUAGGAUUGAAAAAAUUGAGUUUUUAGAUGAACAGGAACUUCUCAUACAACUUUUUCAACAUUAUUGUGUCUGUAUAGGAUGGUUAAGUAUUGAAUUUUCUGAAUUUACUUGUAGCGUUGAUUCUAAUUUCUAAUUUUUGUUAUUUAAUUUUUCCCUUUGCACUUCUUGGGUAUUUAUAAAUGAAACUACUAUUUUUAUAAAUACAAUUACUAAUUUAUUUCAAUAUUUCGCUGUAGAUAACACCACAAUGUCUAAUUUAACAAUGUAUAGAGACAGAUUCACAUAAAUAUUUAUCAGGGCUAUUAAUUCUCAUAAUAUAACUUUUAAAUAUAAUUUUUUGCUUGUAAAGUAAGAGCAACAGUGGGAGAUACUUUAGUGAGGAUUUUUUGUUAAAUAAAAAAAAUAAAGAAUUUUAAGACUUAGUAAAAUCUUACUAGAAUUCAUUUAAAUAUCAAGAUUUACCUACCAUCAAAACAAACAAUUCUACUUUACAAAAUGACGGAAAUUCAAUUGGUUAACGCGGUAAUAGUCUGGUCAAAUUAUACCAAAAAAUAAAAGUGAAGCUAUAUAAAUUACUACUAAGCGGAAAAAUAGUAAAAUUGUUUAAAAUAUAAUCAACAAUAUAAUUUGAAAGUUCCCCGUGAUUCAUGAAUUUUAUUCAUGAUCAAGAUAAAAAAAUUAGUUUUUCGCGAUUUUCAGGGAAAAGAUAAGUUUUAUCAUAAUAAUACUUUUUUCCUACGAGCCACCGUUUCUGAUAUAUGAUGAUUAAAAAACUUGUAAAAGGUGUAAAUUUUUUAAUCAUUAUAUCUCAGAAACGGUGGCUUGUAGGAAAAAAACUAUUGAUACGUUUUUUGUAGAUGAUUUUAUGAUCUACAGUUUUCGUCCAAGGUAUUUUUAUGAUAAAACUAACUGUUUUGUUGAAAAUCACGAAAAACUAAUUUUUAAGAUCUUUGAAAUUGUAUAAAAUUUUUUUCCAUAGAUGGGAAUGAUGGGUGAUUUCCAUAUUUUAUUUUUAAUCAUAUUUUAAACAAUUUCACUGAUUUUCAGCUUGGUGGGAAUUUAUGUAACUUCAAAGACUAAAUUCACCGGACUAAUUCACCUAUCUACAGAUGAUAGUUUUCUGUCUGGCUCUGUCGCUUUUACCUUGGUAGAAAAAAUCAUCAAUUAACUUUAAUUUUCAUUGAGUAUUGGAUAAUUUGAUAUUAAGUGAUUGAAAUAAAAAAAAUAUUUUCACAUGUUUUUCUUUUUUAAUGGAUUUAGUUCAAUGAAUCAUGCCGUUACUUACCUUACCAAUUGGCACUACAGUUUGAAGUGAACCUUGAUCUCCUCUACAAUAUGCCUCUAAACUUUUUCCGUUCUAUACCAACAUUUCCCAGCCUCUACACCUACGGUUCGGACUGAUACGGUCCGAUUUCAUUCUAAUUCCACUACAUUUCUUGGUCCUGUAGAUUUUUAACUCUGUUCUUCUUGUUAUUAAUUUGUUUUUUAGAAUCUUCAGCUCCGCAAAAAAGCUCUUUUACCACUUUAUAUUAUUUUUUUGCAUGGUUUGGUUUUGCUGUUUAUAUUUUCUUCGAAAUACUUAAAUUGAUUGACACCUUGGAAAGUUUUACCAUCUAUUAUCAAAUCUUCCACUCUCCUACUAUCUUCUGAUGUUUUUUUAUUCAUUCAUUCAAACAUGAGAUUAAAUGUAACAAUUUUUUAUCUCACUAAAUUAUAUCAAAAUUUGAUUUCAAAUUACAUAUACACGAAUUUACGUUUUAUACAAUAAUUGUGGCCAGAAUCGAGAUGGAAACGUAAAAUAAAAACCAUUCUAUUCAAUAUUUCGUGAUUAUUUAUUUUUAUUUUAGGUUUCAUUUAAUUGAAUUUUCGUUUAUAAACAUAACAUAUUGAUUUAGUCUUUAUCAAAAUAUCAUACCGAAGUAGGUCGAAAGGUCAAGAUUUUAUCUGUUUUUAAACGAAAAUAAAAAAUGGUCACUCAAUCUAUUCGUUGUCCUUUCUUUAUUAAAUAGUUCUUCAUGUUCUCUUCCUUGAUUUACUACCAUUCUUUUAUUGUCUUUAUCUAUAGGUCUAACGAACCAGUUUAAACAUGUUUUAACUAUUUCGUUUUCUAUUGGUUCCCGUUUUAGUUUUUCUAUUUCUUAUUCUAUUCAUCCUUUUUUUUUGUUUAUUACCAAAGUUUCACUUUCGAAACAGCUAAAGGAUUUAUUCGUGUGAGUUACUGCAUUUAAAUUUCAAUUCAAUUAAUUUAUAUACAAAUACCCAAGAUAUUUUAUGUAAACAUAUCUAUCUGUUUUUAUUUUUUAUUAUAAAUUUAAUUAUGUAUCAUCAUUUUUUUGAUUAUAAAUUGAUGCUUAAGCUUCCGGUAGUCGCGCCAAUUUUUGUUUUCAACAUUAGUCGCUCUCAUAGACCAGGCGACCAGACUCAAAAUCACGCAGCAACUGCUGAAAGUCAAUUCAGCCAAAUAUGGUACGCAUCUUAGUGUUUACAACAUUAAAAGGAAUGGUCCCGUCUAACAGACAGUGGCGCGACUAAGGGAAAGUUGAAACUUUUUUAAUUGUUCGAAAAACACUUUGUUGUUGGUAAAAAUAUAUUUACAAGGGCCGUUUUUUUUUCAACUUCCGAUCAACUGCAAAGCUCUUGCACGCACACUCCGCCAUUAUUGACAUUCAGGCGUCAGUCGGCGUUGUGCUACAGUCACGUAAACAUGUCCGCCAUUAUUGAAGCUCCCGCCAAAAGUGAAUUGCGAAGUGUGAUUCGUUUUCUACAGGCUGAAGGCCGUAUUUCUGCAGAAAUCCAUCGGAGAAUGAGUUGUGUGUAUGAGGAAAACUUCAUGAGUGAUGGUGUUGUGCGUAAAUGGUGUCGAAAGUUAAAAAAUAGCCGUAAUGAUGUACAUGAUGAAUGGGGUCAAGGACGCAGAUGACCUGGUGACGGCAACUUUCUUUGAAGAGGGUUUUGAAAAGCUUGUCCACAGAUAUGACAAAUGUCUCAAUCUCUUCGGUGAUUAUGUGUACCAAUCUUUUGUUAAUAAAAUUAUUGUUUUAUAUGAACUUGUCUUUUAUUUAUAGCCUAUGGGAGAUUGAAAAAAAAACGCCCUCGUGUUUUGUUAAGAUAUUUAAUGGGUAGAUUCGUUUAAAAAACACUCUCGUAGAUUUAUUUGAAUUGGUAUCUUUAUAUAUAUUUUUAGAUUAUUUAUAAUGAAUUUCAAUGUAUCAUGUUACUAAUUGUUAAGAAGUCUGUGAUAAUUAGGUGUAUUUAGAAGUUUCUUUUUUGAAUUUCAACCUCAGUAUUGUAAAACAAAAAAUGAAUGAAAUUGUUUUUUAAUAUUAAAUAUGUUAUACAUGUAACUUUUACAGUGUUCGAGCGUGUUUGUGAAUCAAUAAAUUCUUCAUUUA